AUGAAAUGCUCGCAGUGUAAGAUUGAUAAGUUGUCAAAUGAAUUUCCGUCGUCUCCUGUGACUGAGCGUUGUAUCCAUGUAUCUUCGCAUUGUUUGCGGUGUCUGGUCCAAUCACUAAACAAACAGAACGAAGACGAGUAUCAUUGUCCGGGAUGUAAAGCGGCACUUAACAAUGAAGAAGUCGUAAGAUGGAGGCAACGUUUGGAUAAGGCUUCGUUUAAGUUGAAUGUCGAUAAACUUGGUCGUCGCCACCUUGCAAACAUAGAAAAUGUCGACAAUAAUGAGGAGAUUGUUCAACAAGGGAAUAUAUAUGUGGUCUUACUAAACGGAGAGAAGAUUGUAGUCGAUUACGAGAAAGUGCGCACUGUAGUGGCAUUACGGCAAGAAAUUCGUACCAAGAAGAAAAUAGAAGUCACCAAGCAAAAAUUGGUGUACAAUGGUGUUGAGCUCAAGGAUCAUGCGGACGACAACGGAGAUAAAAACCUUGUCGAAUAUGGCAUUAGAGCCAAUAGUCACAUACAAUUGAUGGUUAUUCUUUACGAAAUUACGGAAAAAGAAACUAUUAAGGACCUUGUAUUUGAUUUAGACUGGGGAUUCCCCAACGACCAAACAGUCGACUAUCUCGAUGGAACUUGUUUCUUGUAUACGGGUAACAAAUACUGGCGCAAAUACGAUUAUCAAUCUCAGUAUUACCCAUCUACGCAAAAUACGAGACAUUCCGGUGACGUACUUAACCGUACGACCAGAAGAGGCCACCAUAAGAUAACAUCUAAACUGGACGAACUACCCGAAAACGUGACGCAUUUGUAUUUUAUCCUUAGCGCAUGGAACUCACCAUCCAUUGGAUGCUACAAGACUCCAACGUUCAGUCUAUUAGAUAGUGAACAUCCCGAUAAGAACUUGUGCAGAUAUGAACUCGAAAAUGUCGCACAUUCAAAGGCUGUCAUCAUGUGUAGUGUUGCGCGUGCCGGGACUAAAUGGAAUGUCUACAUAGUUGGCACGGAGUCCGCAGGUAAUGCGAAAGAUUACAGGCCAAUUGAGCAGAAAAUUCAGACCAUGGAUGGGUUGUUUUAG